AUGAAGUCUGCAGCUGUGGAGGUUGUCCGGCUGUGCCAACUGCUCGGACACACGGAAGUUGAACUUCGCUGUGAUCAGGAGCCGUCCAUGUUGCAGCUGCAGGGUUUAGCAAUGAAUGCUAGGAAACGGUUGGGUUUUAAGACAAGGAUCCGGAACCCUCCGGUUGGAGCACACCAGGCAAACGGCUGUGUCGAGAAGGCAGUUGAUGUCAUCCGUGGUCUUGCAAAUGUCAUGCUUUCCAUGUGCCGUGAGAAGCUGGGUGUCGAGAUCCCCGUGAAUCAUCCGCUGUUCGGGUGGUCCUUUCUUCAUGCGUCGUGGACCUACUCGAGGUUCAAGGUCAAGGGAGGUCUGACAGCAUAUGAACGAUGCACAGGUUCACGCUACAACGGCAAACUGGUGCCGUUUGGUGAGCCGGUAUAUGCGUAUGUGCGCCCAUCUCAGAAAGGGAACCCUCGUUGGAGCAUGAGCAUGUUUCUGUCGAAAUCGCCGGUGAACGACAUGUUCAUCGUAGGUACAGCCAAUGGAGUGAUGCUCACCAAGUCUGUACGCCGGACGGGCCAGCCGUGGGCCCUGGAAGCCAAGCUUGCAAAUGAGGUCAAAGGCAUGCCCUGGGAUUAUAGUUUGGGUACCCUAGGCACUAAGACGGUUCCCCAAGCUAAGGCCCGUGCACCGAAUGCUGUGGCCGCGCCGUUGGUGCCACCGAUUCCGGAGCUCAUGCCGCCCCCAGGCGGAUUGCCCCGACAGGCUAAGACAGCCCAUAAUGAGCCCAUAAUCCCCGAGGUAGUUCCACAGAUACAACCAGCAUCGGUGACAUCGUCAGUUCCAGGUUCGCGCAAAACUUUGUUGCUUGAUCGUGAUGACAGUCGUGCGUCAGUAACACCUGUGAGUCCCAUUGUUCCAGCACUUCCUGGCCCGGCCACCUCAAGCAGUACAGAGCCCAAUCUUCUCCCAGACUCCAGCAUGCUGUCUGAGUUGUUGCCGAAGAGGUCGGCGGGGCAGGAGCUCGGCGGGGAUGCAGCCUCGUCCCAACCUGCAAAGGUUCCCAGAAUCCGUCGCGUGCUUGAUGAAGAGUUUGCUGUCAAUGACGAAGAGACUGAGCAAGCCGAAGAAUGGUCUGAUCCCAAGGUCCAUGGGGAAUGGAUCGACGAUGUGUAUGAGGAAGGCCAAUCCCACGAGGUACUCAGUGAUGAACCCGAGUCCGGCAUAGCAGGUGCGUUGUCAAAGCAGAAGCUCAAAGAUCUGGAGUCACGCCUGUGGUUCCCAGUUGAGCCUGACUUAGAUGCCGAUGAGCUGCGUGCGCUUGAUGCGAUUUCCGAUGAGUAUGAGGUCCAGCGGCUCAUCAGGAAAGGGGUCCUUCGGCAAUCGAACGUGAAAGGCCAGAGCAGAGAGCCUGAUGUGAAACGUCUGAGCACGAAGUUUGUUCGAACAUGGAGGUCCAAGACAAAGGAUGGCGUUCCGAUGGUGCUAAGGCGUUCGCGGUUGUGUGCUCGGGAGUAUAGGUGGCUAGAAAUGGACCGUGAGGACAUCUUUGCGCCUGCCACCAAUGCAGCCGUGACAAGGCUCCUGCCUUGGUUGUUUGCCAGCAAGAGAAAGGUCUCCGAAGGUGAGUAUGGAAUGCUAGUUCUUGACGUGAAGGAUGCAUACCUCACCGUUCCUCAAGGCGAAAGGGUCAUAGCCUCAAUGCCGUCUGACUAUGCAAGCGAGUUCGAGUACGAGUUCGACCGUUGCAUACCAGGUCAACGUGACGGGGCGAUCAAGUGGCAUUUGCACUUCCUUUCAUUCGUGCGGAAACACCUGAAAGUCACUGUGUGCCCUGCAUGCCCGGCAUUGUGGAUUGUGGAAGACAGCAAGUUGCUGAUACACGUCGACGACAUGUUCAUCGUAGGGAAAAUCUCUUUCUUGCGUGACCGUUUCCUUCCUCUCAUCGAGAGCGAGUUUGAGGUGACAUGGACCCUAGCAGCACAUGAGGGAGAAAGUGUGAAUUUCCUGAAGCGCAAGCACUUGAUCACCAGUGAGGGUGUUGUCAUCCAGUCACAGUCCGACCUCUUUCACAAGCUUUGCAAAGUGGUUGAUGUUGGCCCAAAGAAAACCUCAAGAACGCCAUGCACAAAGGAGUUGCUGAAGCCCUCAGACUCUCCACUGCUUGAUGCAGAGCAUGCAUCAAGGUUUAGGACUGCCAUAGGCAUAGCCAUGUAUUGCAGUGCUGAUCGUGGCGACUGUGCGUUCGUCAUCCGGUCCUUAGCCCAGCGCUUGCGAGAGCCAACACAAGCAGAUUGGCGGGCUGUGCAGAAACUUGCAUCGUACUUGCGAGGUACUGAAGGCUAUGCCAUCCAUCUUGUUCCACAGCAUGUGGGUGCAUCUGUGUUGCAUCGUGGCUAUGGCAACGAUGAGUGUCAAGGCCAUUUGCUUGAAGCUUUCAGUGAUGCUGACUGGAGCGGCUUGUGCAACCCAUCCGACAUAUCCACCAAAGUCUUGUCGGAGAAGCGCUUGAAAGGAUUGCUAGGUGCCCAGAAUGUCGUGGACAUGAGCAACAGCAUGGAAUCUGUGGGUGAACAUGAGUGGCAUGAGAUUCUUGAAGAAGUUGCUACGAAUGUGCACUUGAGGAAAGUGAGCAAACAGUUCCGAUCGAAAUGUGUCAAGAGCAAGGCCUUCGUUCGCAUUGCCGUGAUGUCCCUGAUGCUUGCAGGGUGUGAUGCAGCGGAGGCAACCGAGAGCAGCUCACCGUGGAUCGUGGUCACUGAUCAUUCGAACAUGUGGAAGUGGUACAUGCUUGUGGCAUUUUGCCUGGGAAUGGUUGCAGUGUGUUUCCAAACUACGAGCCUUGAGCUGUGGCAUCGAAAUGAAGAACAGAACAAGCAGAAGAUCGAAUGGACUUGGUUUUCAGCCGUGAAUGGCGUGAGUGCAAGGAUGUGGUAUACGUUCAGUGCUCUGGAUAGCCUUCCGCUUGAAUCUGCCACUGAUUCUUCCUUGAGCUGGGAUUGGGCGCCAGUUCCCCGAGCCCCGCCUUUUCAACCUGUGCGAAUCCUUCCGAGACGCUUUCAUUUGCAGCUGCUUCAGAGACGCGCGGGGGCGGCCCCGCAUUUGUUUUCCUACGUUCUUGAAGCUUCCUUUGCAGGCGUACUCAUCAGCACAUCAGAGGGGUCGCGCAUCUUCUUGUUCCUGACCGAGGCAGAUUGGAGGGCCGUGGCCACCGCUGGACAUCGAUCCCACGCGUGCGCCCGGCAGCUUCUGGGCCUUUCCGCAUAG